AAAGUAAAUGAAUUCUAGCUCAGUGAAGAUUUGGUUUCGAUUUCCGGGUCUGGAAACUGUGGAGAGAAGUUUAGCUGGAGCUGGAGGUCUUACAAGAUAGCAACAGAAGAAGGUGAACUCCAUUCAGAGAAAAUGUCCAUUGAGUUUUAUGGAUGGCAAGUCAUCCAUGAGGAUAAUAGCCAUUUGAAAUCAGGACAGGAGCUUAAAAAUGGGAGAGGAUAUACCAUGUACCACGGGACCCACAAAAACAAUGCUACAAGUAUAAUAAAGUCAGGGUUUAUACCAUCCAAGGACGGACUCUUAGGUGCAGGGGUGUAUGUUAGCAGAGAUGUGACCAAAGCAAAAGCAUAUCCAAAGCUAGCAGCAGCAAGUGACAAAGUGGUCUUCAAGCUGAAAGUUGGAGUUGGAAAAGUGAAGAAAAUAGAUGUGGAUAAUCAUCCCCUUCAAAGAACCUGGCAUCAGCACGGUUACGACUCUGCCUGGGUCCCACCGAACUGCAGGAUGUUUUCCAUUCCCAGUGGGAAAGAAGAAGACUGCAUCUGGGAUCCCAAACGAAUCACAGUGGUGGACAUCGCUUACGCAGAUGACCAGGUCAAGAAAGAUCUGAAGAAGCUGAUACAUAAAAAUGCAGCUGCAAAAACCAGGGGUCACUGUGAUGUCUGUGGUUAUCAAAGAGAUUCAUCCCAUGUAAUUCACAGAUGCUGGGGUUGUGAGAAAGUCAUUUGCUCUUUUAUGAGCAAACAUGUUUGCAAAAAAACAAAAACACUGCAUUUUUGCAUGUUUGAACAGCCGGGAGCCAGUGGCAUGAUGACAUUACAAUUUUUUGGAUGGGAGACAGUUCAUGACAAUAAUCAUCAUUUGCAUUCAAAUCAGGAACCAGUGAAUGGCAGAGAAUACAUCAUGUACCAUGGUACCUCAGUCAGCAAUGCAAGGUCCAUCAUACAAUCAGGUUUCAAGCAAUCAAGCAAGGGCAUGCUCGGUCCAGGGGUCUAUGUCAGUAGAGACAGGGAGAAAGCCAGAAGAUAUCCCAUUAACACUCCAAAUGAUAGAGUUAUUUUAAUGUUGAAAGUACAAGUAGGAAAAGUCAAGAAAAUAGAUAAAGAAAAUCAUCCCAUGUCAACAACUUGGAAACAACAUGGAUAUGAUACAGCAUGGGUUCCUCCCAACUGUGGGAUGAGAAAUGUCCCCAGUGGAUUAGAGGAAGAUUGUGUUUGGGAUCCACAAAGGAUCCAGGUGAUUGACGUAAUAAAUUCCCCUGAUCCUGUGACAACACAGCAGUUGAAAGACUUGCUUCAAGCAAACCUGAACAGCAAGCCUGUGCCUGGGCCAGAGAUGGUGGAGCAUUGUCAGGCCUGUAAAAAUACAAUGGUACCUUCCCAUCAGUUACAGCUCUGCUGGGGGUGUGGACAGACCAUCUGCCCUUUCAUGGCAAAACACAUAUGCACUGGACAGGAAAGAAACAUCUUGGACCACUGGCACUCGGAGACUGCUGGAGACCAGGCACCUGGUCAGCCCCAAGCUGGAGAGGAUCCUAUGGCUUCGGCAGUUCAGGACUCAGCUCAACUGAGAACCUAUACUGUGGAACCUUUAGAGAUUAAGGAUACAACUUCUGUUCUGGGCUCUUCUGAGAAGCAGCUGGUUCAGUUCCCACUGAUUGUUGUUGAAGACUUGGGCUCAAGAUUCAAUGCAGACAUACCCGUGUUUGUAGGCAGUGCCCAGAAUGGCAUCAAGGUCAAAAAUUACCACCAGCAGCUCCCCCACAUUCACAGGAAUGGUUGGGUAAACCCUGGACUCGGUUACACAUUGACUAUCCAGGUUAUGACAAACAAUAUUGAGAAAAGGAAACUGAAACUGAAGCUAAUAAAACCCAGAUAUGCAUCUGUCGCUUUGCAGAAUAACAGACUCAGGCAAGAGAAAAUUCAUCCGAUUACCAUGGCAUAUGCUUACGGAAAUAUGUGGGCUGAAGAAGAUGCACCUGGUUUCAUUGAAGCAUGUCUUAAAAGCUACGAAGCACCAAAGAAUGGCAAGAUCUAUGUGAUGUACCAUGGAACCUCUAUCUUCAACGUGGAUGCCAUUCAGAGGAAUGGUUUCUGCCAAUCUCCUAAGGGCAUGCUGGGCCGCGGAGUCUAUGUCAGUCGGGACAUUCAGAAAGCCUGCAGAUAUCCACUGGAUGCUCCUGACCAUCAGAAGGUUGUGCUUAAAUUAAGAGUUAAUGUGGGAAAGGUCAAAAUGAUAGAUUACCAAGGGCACCCAUUGCAGAAGACAUGGCAUGAUCAUGGUUAUGACACGGCCUGGUGUCCUCCAGGCUGUGGCAUGGUACCAAGUGGUCUGGAGGAGGACUGUGUCUGGGAUCCCAGGAGAAUAAAAGUUGUUAAAAUAAUUCAUCAAUCAAUUCAGCCAAGCCCACUGUACUACCCCGAUUGUUACUGAGUGGAAUGGAGACCUCAACUCCUUAAAUGGGAUAACAAUGGUGGGGUUGGGAUGGGGAAGGAGGGAAGUGGAGGAUAUUCAGGAAAACUCUUACCCUGAUAUCCUCCCUAGGGCUAGGGAGGGAAGGUUCAAACCUGUUGUCACUCUGGAAGGUGGCCUUUGGUGAAUAACCUGGGAUGUAGGUUAAUGCUCUAUAAUCACAAAUCCUGCCAAGCACUCAUUAGAGUAAAGUUCUUGGAGGCUGUCCUCCUGGCAAUGUGUCAUACAUAUGCAGCACCAUCAGAGCAUUGUUCUCAUCCAUGUCCCAGUAACCUUCAGCGCCAGGAGUGGAGUCUCUGCAAAAACACAACGUGUUUACAUUCACACAGGAAACACGGCUAUUUUCCCAAUGCACUGAAGGGUCACCACCAGCUGUGAAACAGGCCUUUAAAGUGGGAACUGAGUCACUGGGGAGAAAAGACAGUUGAUGUCACGAAAUAUUUUACAGAGGUUCAGAGGCACAAGAUGCAAUAUUUUUCUUGAAAUCCAAUGUGUCAAUGUGAUCACUCUGUAACAUUCUGUAUACACACUUUUGGUGAUUAGAAAAAGUAUUGUUAUUUGCAUUUCAUGUGUUCAGCUGAAUAAAAUCAUUACCUGUC